CUACAGAGUCCUAAAGUCGCGAUGAUGCCAAAGACCGUCAGACAUGGACUUCUUCUGGCUCUGGCUUUGGCGACAGCAGGAGUCUACUUGAUGAACAGAAUGACCAGGUCACGAAAUAUUGCAAUUCUAGAACCGAAACCUUUGUCUGAUCAAUACACACGUCCGCCAGAAGUCAGAAACUGGCUCACUGUACCAAGUACCUGCUUCGCCAGCAUGGACGCCUCCUACGAACUUCUGAAAAAAAAGUACAACGAAGACAAGCUGGACUUCCGGAUCGUGGAAGCUUUCCAGGUACCACGUGACUCCCUGUCAGACGUGGAGCUGGACAUUCUCAAGGACGAGCCGCUGACCGACGUCAACGCCGCUGCCACGCACACCACGUCGUUGCUGCAGCUGGCGGGGCUGGUGCCGAACCGUACGUACCGACAGGGAGAGGUCGUGACCGUGCGGGUGGACAUCCGUGACGCCCACAGCAGGCCGGCUAACAAGGGAGGUCACUCUGUCCGGGUGUGGAUGGCUGACAGAGCGCGGGGGUUGUCUGCCGCUGCUUCUGUCGCCGAUCUGAACAAUGGCAGCUACCUGGCGUCAUUUCCUGUCUUGUGGGCCGGUCGGACCACCGUGUUCGCUGCUCUGAUGGAGUCACGUGAGUACAGACGCAUUCUGCUUCACGGGCUGGACACCAGGAAGACCAGUCAGCCUGUCUUCGCAGGUUUCACCAUGGGAAACAUCAGUGAAACCACCUUCUGCCUGUCAGUUCCCGUCAUCCCCUCCACUGCGGAAGUUUGUAAUUUUACAUCAGUUAAUGACGGUUUGCCCUGGUACUGUGGUCGACCUACCAACCCUGAACUCACUUGUGACGACUGGUUUGUGUCACGAUGCCCCGAUUUCUCUGAUAGGCACUUUCCAAUCACCUCAUCAGAGCGUCAGCUGCAGGAAAAUAUGAAAAGGAAAGAUCGGAUUUUUCGUCUCAACCAGACGGUAGACAUCAUGGCCGAAGGUGGUUUUCUGAGUAAAACUACUCAGCCCUGUCACCUGCUGCCGGCUCGUGUCACGUGGGACGAUCGGUCGCCGGGUGGAUUUUGGAGUGGAAAGAACUGGAGCCACUUGCUGUGUCAAGUACCGCCCGCACACUCCGACUUCCAGCAUUGCUUCAAGAACAAGACUUUCGUCAUGCUGGGGGACUCUAAUGCAAGAACGAUAUUUCAGGCCAUCGAACGAUUGUCUAACUGUACUAGGUCUUGGCCGUCUAUCCUCGGAUUUUUCCAUUCACUUACCGCUGUUCUGCGACAACGAAAUUCUUAACUUUCACCAAGAAUGGAAACCCCACGCUUACCCAUUCCACAACAGUGCUCUAUGG